AUGGACAAGCCGACCUCGAGCACACGUCCCUCCCUCCAAGACGCUACUCGGAACUUAAACCUUCCACCUCCACCCUCUUCCAAACUUGGCAGAUCAUCCAAAAAGCUCACGUCACGAGCCACAACGAAAGCCAUCUAUCAUCAUAUCGAGGUGGCUGAAAAACAAGCUGGGGUCUUCCCAAGUCCAGCGCGCAAGCACACAGCUCGGAAAAGUUUUCUGAAAGCUUCCUUGAAGACAACUUCUGACUUUGGUGCAAAUGGCAUACUCGACUCCCAAAUCGAUUCCCAACAGUGGUACGACAACCUGACACAUGAUGGGGUAUCCCAGGAUAGCCCACCUGUCCCAGCCAUUGAAAUCGAAGACGAAGAAAGCACCCAAGCUGAGGAAACCAACAACGUGUGCACAAACUGUGCCCACCUACUUGCUGAGCUCGAGCACUCACAUGCGGCUCAUCGGAGGACAUGCAAUGACGGCAUCAAGCUGGCGAGAGAUUACGACCGUUUGAUGGUGGAGGUGAAGUUCUUAAGGGAGUCAAUGGUUUUCGCAGCAGCAAAGAUUAUACAGAUGGCAAAGGGCAUGAAUGGGACACUUGGAGAACUCUUGGACCCACAUUCAGAGUAG